AGUUAGUAUACUGUAUAAACCGGUGUCAGAGGCGUCAACAUAUAAACAUCUUUAGAGUUAUAUAUUCUGAUUCACUAAUUCCAAUUAUGCUUCCUCAGUCUUGUAUUUCAAAAGAAAGGCUUAGUGAACGUUAGAACAGUGAGCUGAAUCCUUUCCCAUGUAAGAUGAAUAAAGGUUUGAAAUUGACACAGAGCGUACAGAGUUGAAUUGACGCAUUUCGUACAAGGAUAAGAAAAUGGUCGCAGAAGACGAUAUUCCAACCAACCCAGGGGACCACUGUAUCCGACCAAGAUCUAAGUCUGAAGCUGGAACUUUAAAAAGACGUGGUUUUCUUAAUCAACUUAUUCUUCAAAGAAAACAUGUAAGUGCCAGCACAGGAUCCGGGAGAUUAACUAAUCCUCUGGUUUCUCUUCAUCCUAGUCAUCAUCCCCAUCCUAAUCCGCAUAAUCAAAAGGAGAUUUCUCCUGAAUAUUCGGACAGAUCUAAUCUACACCCUGAAAAGAGAAGAACGGAGAGAGGAGAGGAGGAACCAAGUUUAUCCGAAACCGUGAAUGUUUUUCGUCCUAGAUCUAAGUCGGAUGCUCAUACAAUUAUCCGAGCCUCGAAACCUCCAUCCAUUAUCAAUCAGUUCAUCCAGCAGAGGAAGCAGUCGAGUUCAUCAGUGAGCGCUAUGAUGCAUCCUUUAACCAAUAUUCAGGAGAAUUCUCCCUUAUUAUCUCAACCAGAUGGAACCUCUGAUCAAACGGAAAUGGAACCUGGAACCAAACCGGAACCGGAACCUGGACCUAAAUCGGAACCGGAAUCUUUUAGGAAAUAUUCAGAACCAGUUUCUAAGAGCAGAAGGGAUUCAGAAGAUUCAUCUUCUCAUCAUAGUUCAUCAAAAUUUCGACCCAGGAGAACCCUGUCAAGGUUGUGGAGCAGGACGAAGAGCAAACUGAACCCGGAGAAACUGAAGAGGAGACUGAACCUUUUCGUAAACGCUCUUCUACCAUGACGGAAGUCAAAGAAUUUCGAGCACGCGCAUUGAGCGCUGGUCAGCAUGCGCGCGCCCAUGUCUCCAGUAUAGUUGCGAAAAUAAGACGGCGCUCCAACUCUAAUGCAGACGAGAAAAAGAAGAAAAUCAGAUGCUACCCGAGUUCAGACUUCGAUCUAAACCUGAGAGUUGGGUGCACAGUGCACAGGGUUCGGAUGCAGUUUUGCUCCGAGUAGAGAAAUUAGCACUGAACGGGGAAAAGAAAUAAACCGAGGAA